AAUUAAAAUUUUUUAUUUGGAAGAAUUCAGAAUUCAAUUUUUUUCAAUAAUUUGAGCCAAUUUCCUGUCAUUACAUGUCAACAAAUUCAUAAAAUAUGUGACAAAAUAAAUUCGAACUUUAUUGACAAUUCGUCUAUUUUCACUUAACUUCCCAAUAUUAAGAUAUGGAGGAAGAAACCAAUCCAACCGAUAUACUUAAUAAAAGAGAAAUCUUGAACAAUAUUCUCAUGAUAACCGAGCUAGGUAUAGACCUACAGCAAAGAUGUUCCUCUGGAGAAAAAUAUAUUUCGUAUUUGAAAGCCUCCUUUGACAGAGCCAACAGAACCGUGCACACCUUGAACGAAUUGUCCAGAAAUGCCCUGGAAAGAGCUAAGAAACUGGCGAUUUUCACAUUGCAAGGGAUCAACCAGGACGAUCCCAUAUAUUCAGAGUAUGAAAAAAUUUUAGAGAUAAUCGAUAAGCAAUCCACAGAAGUUGACUCGCCUCAAAAUCUUGAGGCACCUUGGAAUGCCGAGAUUCGAAGAAUUCCAGAUAUGAAAAAAACAUAUGAUCUACCAACGACGAGCAGCUUGAGAAGCGUCAAAUCUGAUGUUGACGAAAAAUAUCCAGAAAACUUAUCGAAAGAAUCAUUGAUCGACCUAAAUAAUGUAGUUAACUUACCCCCCGUUCCAGAGGACAUUUUCACAAGUUUCUCUGGUAAACCCAUAAGGUCGGCAAGUCUUUCCUCAUUGAAGAGUAUCCGGAAAGUUAAACUAUUUCUUCAAAAAGCUGAAAGUUCGGAGGAAGAUGACAAUAGUUCAGAAAAUGAAGAUCAUGAUUUCUCCAAAUUAGUUUAUGGAGAUAACGAGGAACUAGUGAAGAGUACAGGUCCUCAUAGCCCAUCCAAAAAGUUGCUAUUAGGAAAUAUCAAAGAAGAAGCUCAAGAUUGAAAACAUAUAUUACAAAAAUUUGAAGGAAACCAAAUACGUCUGUAAAAAU